AUGGUCGAUGCCACGACUUCGACUUCGAGACCGUCUCGUCGAGCCAUUGCCGUUGGCCUCCACGAGGCGGCCCUCGACUCCCCAACAUUUCGAGCAACCGCUGCCCAUUUUGCCGAGCAGAUUGAAGCCGUGGAACGCUGGCUCAACGGCUAUGUCGGCUCAACUUCGAGGCUGCUCCACGAGGUUCUGGCCCUCGAGGACACGGUCAACAACUUCCUGGCACGAACGAUACCUUCAACGGCCGACGGCGUCAUAGACAAUGACUACACCUUCCUGGCCCUGAAGCGCGUGGGCGAUGGCGCCCGCGAGUUCUGGAUGCAGCUGCUGGGCAGCACCAAGAGGAUGGAAGAUGCCGUCGUAGAGCCUAUCCGCACCUUCCUCCAAACCGAGAUGCGCAACUUCAAGGAGAUUCGCAAGGUGCUCGAGCAGACGCAGAGGGCCUACGAUUCCACCCUCGCACGUUAUGUGUCCCAGUCCAAGACCAAGGAACCCUCCCACCUUCGCGAGGAUGCCUUUUCCGUCUACGAGACGCGCAAGGCAUACCUCCAAGCGUCUAUGGACUACUGCCAACUGGCGCCCCAGGUUCGCUUCGUCAUGGACAAGCUUCUGGUCAACGUCGCUGGGGAGCACUGGAAGGAGAUGAAGCGGGGCCGCGAUACUGCCAUCAAUGCUGUCCGCUGGGAUCAGGAGAUGGACCGCGUCCGCGGAUGGUCCAAGGAGAUGGAGGCUUACGAGCCCGUAUUCAGGCACGAGCUUCACGCUGCCCGGCGCGACCUCGGCGAGAACGCCCUCACCGGCUGUAAGCCCUCGCGCGAGAUUGACGACUACAGCACCUCUACCGUGGCCUUCCUAGGAUCUAGGGGGCCCAUGAACAUGCGUCCGGUCGACGGCGGCACUGUCGUCUCCGAGAGACAGGGCUGGCUCUUCCUGCGCACCGUCUCGGGCAAGCCCGCCAGACAUAAUUGGGUUCGCAGGUGGUACUACUGUCAGGAGAGUGUUUUUGGAUGGCUUAUCUCCGGUCCCCAGGGCGUCCUACAGGGUGACGAGAUCGGCGUUCUGCUAUGCAACGCGAGGGCCGCUCCCGGAGAGGAGAGGCGCUUUUGUUUCGAGAUCAAGACCAAGAGCCAGAACCUGAUGCUGCAAGCAGAGACCCAGAGCGAACUUACCGAGUGGCUCGAGGUGUUCGAGGUUGCCAAAAAGAAAGCCUUCGAGGCCACCAUGGGUAGAGAUUCGGAUCCCAGUGGUAACACAAACCCUGCCUUCUCCAUUGCCCCGCCAUCAGUUCCCGAGUUUUCGGCACGCAUACUCGAUUCCCAGCUCGGCCUCGUCGCUGACGAGGGAUCAUCGCAGUCCAGCGUGGAUAGGGCCGCAACGCUCCCGCUACCAACCUCGGAGGGCCCGCUUUCCACCAGGCCUAGCAUGGAUAACAAUAACUCCGUGCCACGCCGAGGCAUCACGGCGCUGGGCCGCGACUUGGCGCGUGAGGAGGGAGAAAGCGGACGGGAGCAUGCGGCUAGAAUCAUCCAGAAGCUUGACCUCCAUCGCAAAGCCACUUUUGGCGCCGGCGCGGAGGCAGCCCUGGCCAGCUCCUCGGGGUCAGCCAGUGGCGUUACUAGCCUUAUUACGGCCAGUCAAAAUACGCUUCCCGUUGCCCCUGCCUCGGGAGCCGGCGCAAAGCCGGCGGUCGGGCCUAUUCUGGCCUCUGCCGAUCACCACUCCGGGACAUUGGCCCCGCUGACACUGGCCAGGCCCCCGGCUGUCACAACCCUCAGCCGCACGGCGGUCCUGACAAUGGCGGCAUAUGGUGCAGCAGGUAUACACUCGGGAUACAAGAAGCCGUCAGUCUCCGUAAUGGCAAACUACUGGGGCACAAACAUCUGGGGGGCUAGCAGCACUCCGGCGCCAGACCCCGUACUUCCCAGGCUAGAUGAGGACGACCCAGUCGGCGUGGUGGUGUCUAUAGAUGACGCAAAGACACCACUCAAUACUUCACGGCAGGCAAGGCAGGUCCGGGACGCGCUUCCCCCCAACUACCCGCCAGAACUUCGUGUUCAGAACAGCCAGUUCCGACUCCUCUUCCCCAGUGUCCCAUUGGAGGAGAAGCUGGUUCUCGUCUUUCGUGCGGCCUGGUCCAGUACCCCCGCUACGCAAAGUUCGACCACCGACUCCAUGUCUGGUGAAGGGCGUGUAUAUGUCACACCCGACAACAUGUACUUUUACGGUGAACAGAUGGGCCUCGUCACGGCAUACAGUCUGAGCCUCGACAUGAUAUCCGAGGUGACGGCCAUACCUGGCAAGGAAAGCGACAAGAUCCUAUUGCACCUAGGUCAGGACACGAACGACACAGGGUAUAACAAAAUUACGCUCAAGCUCUUCUUGGAUGACAUUGGCCUACUGCAUGCACGCCUCAACACGCUCAUUGAUGAGCUCCAGGCCGAAGUGCCCAUGGAGACAGAGGCGGUCAUUGCAGCCCUCCUCAGCGUGGAACGGGAAGGUGCGGUUGGAAAUGCAAGCCCCCUAGUUGACGACUGGGAUAUUUCGGCCAACGCAGGUAUCGAUGAUGAUGAGGAUGACGAUGAUCACGGACCAACCCAAAGGAAACGACAAAUCGGCUUUCAAUCGCCUGGCCCGUCGCACCUGCAGGCCCCGGGGCUGGGCAUGUCGGUAUCCGCCUCGAAGGUGCACCUGCCCUCUCAUCCAGUCGACUUCGAACCCAACGAUAUGAAGGAGCUGGCGACUGAGCGGCACUUUGAGAUUAGCGCCAAGUCGUGCUUCCACGUACUGUUUGGAGACAAGAGCUUCGUGUUCCCCAAGCUGUACUUCGAGCACCACGCACAGCAGAUUGCCCAGGGACCAUGGUUGCCAGACGAGGCUGGUUACCUACGGAGAGAAUUCGAGUUCAAGGCUGAUGGCAACAACAUCUUUGGGCGAGCAAAGGCUGUCAACGUAUCUGACUACCAGGUCAUCGAAAUGCGCAAAGAGCACGUGACAUACGUUAUCACCCACGUCAGGACGGCGUGGCACCUGCCACACUCGCAGAAUCUCAAGCUGGUGACCAAGAUUGUUAUCACAUUUGUGGGUAAAUCCAAGUGCCGGCUGGCCGUCUACAACCGGGUCGACUGGAACAAGCGGCCGGCGCUAUCGAAGAACCUGGUAGAGCGCCAGGCGCUGCGAGACGGGGCAAGCGAUGCCGAGACGCUGGCCGAGCUGGCGACGGAACAGGUGCGCAAGCUCGGCGCCCGCAGCAGGACCCUCAGGGCAAUCCAGAUGUAUGGAGGCGUCGGCCAACAGAAGCAGGUUGUCAUCUUCUCACCGGCAGCCUCGGGUGGCGAAGGCAGCCGCAAACCGGCCAUCAAGCCGCGGACGCUGACGGCCAUGAUCUGGGAGACGGUGAGGUCAAUUGGCAAGAGUGCCGUGUCAUCGCUCAUCAUGUGGACUUUUGCGGGCAUCAAAAAGCUGUUUGAGGUGGUCACGGCGCAGCGGCUGCUUCUUGCUAUCCUGGCGGUCAGCGUCCUGACCAACCUUGCCAUGACAUCUGCCGAGGCCAGCACUUGGUGGAGCGAGCGGCAGGCAGCCAACUACAUGCGUCGCCUAGGCGUCGGCCCCAACACGAUCAUGAGCAAGGCCAUUUACGUGUCCGACCUGGCCGAGGCAACGGGCGGCGUCAAUAUCAAUGGCAGCGGCAGCGGCAACAUGUUCUCGUCGUCAUCGACUUCCUUCCCCCUCGACAGCCCCUGCUUCUCCAGUUUCCAGGACCUCCUGGACGCAACGGACAUGGACGUCGCCUGGGACGACGAUGUAUGGUCGCCCUCGUCAGUCCUGUCCCCUUGGUCCAAGGCCACGACGCGCCGCAUCCGCCGUACCCGCCAGCGCCUGGGAGUCUACCGGCACGACCUCGUCGUCGCUAUUAAGGUCGUCAAUAGCAUCGAGAGGCAGCUUCUACAGUCUGAGUGGGAGGAUUGGCUCGGCAACGAAAUCCUCCUCUGCGAGGACCUGGGCGAUGUCAUGCGCGAGACCGAGUCCUCAUCAUCCGCCUCUUCUGUGGGAAGCAACAAAGACACUUCCACUUCCACGGCCGCUACCAUGUCAUCCAUGCACUCCUUCUUCAGGUCUAUGCCAUCUGACAAGAGGGAGGCUCUCGAUGGGUGGAGGGCUAAGCACUGCGGUAGCUGCAAGACUGAUUAUGCCCACGUUGUGGCACAGAGUAAGUCCGGGUCACAGUAUUACGACUAG